GGCUCGGCCGCCAGGAAAUGCCCGGGAGAGGGAGUCACCUGCGCCCGACGGCGUGUGGACUCGGGGGCGCCGCCUCCCCGGGCCUGGCCGAGACCCGGGCGGACGUCGCUCACCUGCUCGCAGGCGCGCCCGGAGCCCCGAGCCCCGAGCCCCGAGCCCCGCGGACCGCUGCCCGGCCCCCCAGCACCAUGAGCAAGUUAGGCAAGUUCUUCAAAGGCGGAGGCUCUUCCAAGAGCCGCGCGGCCCCCAGCGCCCAGGAAGCUCUGGCCCGACUUCGGGAGACGGAGGAGAUGCUGGGCAAGAAGCAGGAGUACCUGGAAGGCCGCAUCCAGAGAGAGCUCAGCCUGGCCAGGAAGCACGGGACGCAGAACAAACGAGCUGCAUUACAGGCCCUGAAGAGGAAGAAGAGGCUUGAGAAGCAGCUCACUCAGAUUGAUGGCACACUUUCCACCAUUGAGUUCCAGAGAGAAGCCUUGGAAAACUCAUAUACCAACACGGAAGUGUUAAAGAAUAUGGGCCUUGCAGCGAAAGCCAUGAAAGCCGUUCAUGAGGACAUGGACCUGAACAAAAUAGACGAUUUGAUGCAAGAGAUCACAGAGCAACAGGAUAUUGCCCAAGAAAUCUCUGAAGCAUUUUCUCAACGGGUUGGAUUUGGCGAUGACUUUGAUGAGGAUGAGCUGAUGGCAGAACUUGAAGAACUGGAGCAGGAAGAAUUAAAUAAGAAGAUGACAAAUAUCCGACUCCCGAAUGCGCCUUCCUCCUCGCUCCCGGCUCAGCCGGACAGAGGGUCGGGCAGGAUGCCCAGCGCGCCCUCGGCACGCCGCUCUCGAGCAGCAUCUUCUAGAAGGACAGAAGGAGAGGAUGAUGACAUCCAACAUUUGGCAGCUUGGGCUACUUAGAACGGAAGUUUUGGACACGGCUGUACAUAAGACACGAAGAUGUUUUUGCCAAAUACAGAAGCUAACACAGAUUGUUUUAUAUUUAUACUGGAUGAAUGAUUGUCUUUUAAGCCUCAUAGGUAAAAGUUAAAGGAGUCGUGUGUAGAUUUAGGAUCCCUUUAAGAUGAAAAGGGACGUCCCGGCAGCAUUUUGGAGGAUCUCUUCCUCCCGACAGGAGGGACCCUUCUGCCUGGUUCCCCGAUGUAUUUCCAGUCCUGGCACGUGUUGGUACUCUCUAUGUAUUUGUUGAAAGAAAACGGAAUCUUAUUAACAUGUGAAACCUAUAAUCAACUGUAAGCCACUUCAGAGUGACGUGUUCUGCACUUUCCUCCCCGUGCGAAGGUUUGCAGUGUGUCCGUGUUAGGAGAUUUGUAGCCCAGAGUAAAUGUACAAGAAAUACAACUUUUCUUGUAAAGAAGUCUUGUGUGAGUUUACACAUAAAUAGUUUCAUUGAGUUUUGCGAUUUAAAAUCUUAAAGGCGUUUUAAUUGACAUUUAUUAUGCCAAUUAAGCUUGGAAUGGGCAAUGGCUGCGUUUCCCCAAAUGUCUGAAAGCGCUAACGCUUCCACUGCUGAGCGGGAAUCUCCUGGGUGUCAUCCAGCCACUUAGGGAGCUGCGUUACCCUUCCCGGGCCAUUAUGAUGCUAUUAUGGCUUCAGCGUGCUAAAUGUGUGUGUUCAUUCUUUUCUGUUUUGGGCUCUCUCGUACAUUUAUUUACAAUUUGUGUCAUAUUCUUUGUAAAUACAUAAAAAUAUAGGCAAUUAAAAAUAUAUCUUAGAUAAAAUUUGACCAUAAUGAUUUUUAAAUGGAGGUAAAAUUCAAAAUUAUGUGUUGCCCAUAAUGUAUCAUGGGCCAUAAAAUGACAAAUGUCAUUAUAGAAAAUGAUCUAGUAAUUCCCAACAUUAGCUUAGGGAAUACAAGGUCAGUGGAAUGGAAACAACACUAGACUUGGAGGUAGGAGUUCUGGAUCCUAUUUCCUGCUCUGCCAUGAAUACAGUACGACUAGGCAAGUCAUAAACUCUGUUUUUUCACUGAGAAAUCUAAGGGCUGGACGGUUCCGUCCUGCCACAGGCCUUUUGCGUAUGACAUCCUUCGUAGCAGUCUUUCCACCCCCCGCAACACAGAUGCCACACCUUACAUAGUUCUUCAAUCUCAGUUAAAACGUCCUUUGUUUUGGGAAAUAUUUUCCUGAUUGCAGACUAACUCAGGUCUUCCUUCUAAAUGCUUUCACAGCCAUCUGCUUUCUCCCCUGUCGCCUAUCACAGUUUAUGUUGCAUAUUUACUUAAAUGAUCACUCUUACUGUUUUUCCUCUCCUUUGCUGUUGUUCUUCAGUCCCUAAGUCGUGCCUCACUCUCAUGGGGUUCUCGUGGCCAGAACACCAGCGUGGUCCCCGUUCCCUCCUCCGGUGGGCCACGUUUCGUCGGAACUCUUGAGUACGACCCGUCUGACUCGGGUGGCCGUGACCAGCAUGGCUCUUAGCGUCACUGAGCUCCUCGAGGCCCUCUGCCACGACAAGGCGGUGAUGCUGCACCGUGCUGCUUCGAGGGCAGGGACUGUGUCUCCGCCCAUUCGAUCCAACCCUGUAUCUCUGCACAGCCUCUUUCAGGCAGCUGUCAUUUAAUAAAGAUUUAUCAAUAUUA